AUGGAGCACCUGGGUCCGCACCAUCUCCACCCGGGCCACGCGGAGCCCAUCAGCUUCGGCAUCGACCAGAUCCUCAACAGCCCGGACCAGGGCGGCUGCAUGGGGCCAAACUCACGCCUCCAGGACGGAGAAUACGGCCUUGGCUGUUUGGUCGGAGGCGCCUACGCUUACGGCGGCGGGGGACCGGUGGCCGGGGCGGCGGCCGGGAACGCGGGGGCCUACGGCGCAGGCGGCCCGAGCGGUCCCGGUGGCCCGGCGGGCGGCGGGGGCGGUGCCUGCAGCAUGGGCCCUCUGGCCGGCUCCUACAACGUGAACAUGGCCUUGGCGGGCGGCCCGGCUCCGGGAGGCGGCGGCGGCGGCGGCGGAGGGGCGCUGAGCGCCGCGGGAGUGAUUCGGGUGCCCGCGCACAGACCACUAGCUGGAGCGGUGGCCCACCCCCAGCCUCUGGCUACCGGCUUGCCAACGGUGCCCUCCGUGCCUGCCGUGCCAGGUGUCAACAACCUCACCGGCCUCACCUUCCCCUGGAUGGAGAGUAACCGCAGAUACACAAAGGACAGGUUCACAGGUCACCCCUAUCAGAACCGGACGCCCCCCAAGAAGAAGAAGCCGCGCACGUCCUUCACGCGCCUGCAGAUCUGCGAGCUGGAGAAGCGCUUCCACCGCCAGAAGUACCUGGCCUCCGCCGAGCGCGCCGCCCUGGCCAAGGCGCUCAAAAUGACUGACGCUCAGGUCAAAACCUGGUUCCAGAACCGGCGGACCAAGUGGAGGCGGCAGACGGCGGAGGAGCGCGAGGCCGAGAGGCAGCAGGCGAACCGCAUCCUCCUGCAGCUGCAGCAGGAGGCCUUCCAGAAGAGCCUGGCGCAGCCGCUGCCCGCCGACCCGCUCUGCGUCCACAACUCGUCGCUCUUCGCCCUGCAGAACCUGCAGCCCUGGUCUGACGACUCGACCAAGAUCACCAGCGUCACGUCCGUGGCAUCGGCCUGCGAGUGA